CUGGGCAGCGCCGCCAUGGCCGAAGCGCUCCCUCUGAAGGCGCCCCUCCUUCCUCUUCUUCUCCCCCGGGAGAAGAGGCCGCGGAGGGUGCCUCGGGCCAAGGGCCUCGUCUUCCCGCCUCCUCCUCCUCCUCCUGAGCCAGAGGAUCAGGAGGGCGCCGCGCCGCCUCCUCAGCCUCGUUGUCCCGCGCUCGGGCGCCGUCGCCAAGGGCUGCCCCGGCCCCGCCAUGUCAGGACCAUCUUCCAGCCCCAGCCCCAGGAGGAGGAAGAGAAGGGGAAGAGGCGGCCCCACCGCUUCAGGCCCCCCGCCCAGGAGCAGGAGGGCAGGACCUGGUGCGACCUCUGCUGCCGCUUCAUCUGCUCCGACGGACGGCGAUGCCAGGAUUGCAAAUACACAUGUCACUCUUACUGUCAAGACCUGGUGCACCUGGACUGUCAGCAGAAUGGAAAACUGAUGGAAUACAGCUCUAGAUAUGACAAUGCAGCUGAGACGGAUGUUCAGAAAGAGAGAGAAUCCCAUAAUUACCUCAGUAAAGAAGCAACCAAGGAGAAAGUCCAAAUGUAUAAUUCGGAUGUUACUGACAAGCUAAAGAUGACAUUGAAUUCCAGUGGAGUAUACACUGGCUUCAUCAAAGUUCAGAUGGAACUUUGCAGACCUAUCACAGUACGGCCCACAAGUCUAGGAAAGCAUGGCAACAACAACGAGACCGCUUUUUAUUUGCCUAAUGGCUGUGUGAAUACCCUUCACAUAAGCAGCACUAACACUGUCCAUGAAGUCAUUGAGGCCUUGCUCAAAAAGUUUUUGGUGGCUGAUAACCCUGCCAAGUUUGCACUUUAUAAACGUUGUCACAAGGAAGAUCAAGUUUAUAUGUGUAAACUCUCAGAAACGGAACAUCCUCUCUACUUGCGGUUGAUGGCAGGCCCAAGAACAGACAUGCUUAGUUUUGUUCUGCGUGAGCAUGAAACUGGAGAAGUUUUGUGGGAAGCCUUUAGCCUUCCUGAACUACAGAAUUUCUUACGUAUAUUGGACAAGGAAGAAGAUGAGCAGUUACAAAACUUAAGACGACGCUAUGCAGCAUACAGAAACAAACUUGAAGAAGCCCUUGGUGGGGUUUGGAAACCAGGUUAAAUGGAGCCAAAGAACACUCAGGAAAAAGUGCAUUACCAAAUAUUAAGUAGCAUGCCAAACCCACUACCCAACGUGAGGAUGACUGUUCCUUUAAAACAGAUAACAAUUUUUUGACUUCAUAAAUUGACAUUCUUUAUCUGGCAUGUAGAAGCAAAGGAAAAUGGCAAUACUUGCAGACCGUAUUGUUGGCUUCAUUGUAGUUGAUUGUGUGUAAUCGCUUUUCACAGAUAUUAGGGAAUAGAGACAUUCUUUGCUUUAAUGUUAAUUUAACAUUAACAUUAGCUUUUAAAACAAAGGAUGUGUAAAUUUCAAUUUUGUUAGAAAUCCAAUCUCCUUUUAAAAUUAGGAAUAGCAUGCUAUUUGAUAUCCAAGUUGAUUUGCACUAUCUUUCUACAACUAUUUCCCUGUACUUUUACAAAAAAAUUAUUUUUAUAUGAAGAAUGUUUUCCAAAUGCUUUGUAGAAGAUGUGUGAGCUAGAGAGGGUAGAAGAAAUGUUGGAAAGAAGGUAAGAAAUGGAGAAGAGAAGGAUGUUGACAUGGAAAAGAGAUUUUGUAAGUUGAUUAAUGUAUUGAACAGACGGUUUAGCGUUUAUAUUUUGGUAUUACUGAAAUUAAUAUAUUCAGUGCUGUUGCUGAGAUAGGUUUUAAUAUAAAGGAAACAGAGCUAUGCAAAGGCUCCGGCAUGUGGGUCAUAAUCUUGAAUGUGCUUUAUAAUAUUAUGGAUACAGUAGGUUGAGGUUUGCAUGAGUGAAAAUCUGAGCAUUAUAGAAUUAAUCCAGAAUUCUUUUAAUUCACCAGCUGUUUAAAGUUGCAGUUGAACUGGUUUGGCUCAAACCUUCACUGCUAAAAAAACCCCGUAAAAUAGUAUUGUUUUCCUAAGUUUAUGUUAUAGUAAUUUACAUUUUUCCCUUCACAAUGAAAGAAGAUAAGUGCUUUAUUUAUAGUUUUAAUAUCUGUUUAAAAGUGUAAACAUUUCAAAAGCCAUCUUGGAUUCUGUACGCUGGUUACUAAGUGCAAGAUAAAUAAUGGAAGGAGGAAGAUUUUGUAUUUGACUGACUAUUUCUUUUCUAGAAUAUUUUAUCACAAAUCUGUAUGAUAAAUAAAACCAAAGAAAUGGGUGUGCAAUACAAGUUUAUAUAAAUGUAUAAACAAGACUUGCUUUUAGUUUCAUGUUUGUAGCCACCCAAAGGGGAAAUUAUUUACUUGGGAUAACUUUAAUGGAUAUAAUUUCAGUAAUCAUAUCCAGCAGUCAUAUCCCCUUCUUCUAAUUCUUUGGGCAUUAAUUUUAAAUUAUCUAAGGAAUAUUUGCCACUGUGGUGACACCUGGUGGGUGUUUGAUGCAUUGUUCUCUUGAAAAAGAGUGCCUUCAUUUUAAAUGUUUGGCUGCUUAACCCUCCUCAAAAUACUGAGGUUUGAGGGGGAAUUCUCAUGUUCAGAUUUGCCAAGACAAUCGUUGUUUAAUUUUAAAGUGUUAACAUAAAAUUAGAAGUAGAAUUAGUUAUCAGAUGAUCACUUGGCAUAUUUUGUUUGGGUUUCCUGUUUCACAUGCAAUAUUGUAGUACUGUGUGUGUGCUAAAUUUAUUGGAAACAUAAUCAAAGUUAAAGAGUUUAGUGGUGUGCAGGGUAUACUUGAUAUUAAAAUUAUUUUGUUCCGAUAGAAACUAUGUUAUAGCACUAUUUCAGUUCAAAAAUUACUGUACAUAUAUGACAGCUGUGCUCCACAUCAUUUUCUUUUGGUGUGCAAAGGCAUGCUGUCUCAUCCCCAGGGAUAGACUGAUAUGAUAGAGAAAGCAUAUUUUGCAUGUGUUUGAUUGAUGUCUAUGGAAAGAUGCAUAAACUUUUUUUAUGAUAAAGUAUCACUCAAGAAAGGAAUUUUUCAGCUGAGUCCGGCAUUCUCAGUGGGGCUUUUGCUAUUAAAAACAGGACAUUAAGACUGCAUUCAUCCCCUCUUCACCCUCUUUAAGCUUCUUCUGUGGUGCAUUCAUUUAGGUUUUGCAUAACUGGAUGCUGUUAUAUUUCAGACUGCCAGCAUUUCCCUCUUUCCAGACAAGAAGUACUGCUUUUUUUUAACCAUGCCCUCAUUCUAAUGGUAUACAUCCCGAAGCCACAUAUGAGCGAAGGCAGAUGCAAGAAGUAAUGUUGGUUGUAAGGAAUGCUGCUAAGUUGGAAGAGAAUGACAGCCAGGUGUUUGUUCUUUCUCUUGCACAUAUCCCUUGACAAAAUGGCCACAUCAGCUUGUGAAAGGCAUGUGUGUUUUGCUUUGGGUUCCCUGCCCCCAGGACUGUUCAUGGGAACAGUUAAAACUAAACUCAACCUUAAAGUUCAUUUUUCUGAUACUGUAACAAACAUUAAAUUUGGAACUUCAUGCAUCUGUUGUUUAGAUUUAAAUACUGUGUUUGAAUUUAGAAAUGGCAAUUGCCACGUAUGUGAAUUUUAUAUUUUUACUUGAACUUUGUGUUUCUGUAUUCCCCAAUCUUAUCUUGGUCUCCUACCAGUUUGCGUAAGGAAAACAGAACUCAUUUUAGUCCAAACAUUCUUAAACUUUAAACACUGGUUAAUAUACCUUUAUUUUUAAAGCUAUAAUUUGAAUUUUGAUGGUUGCUUUUUGAAAUGUAACAUUUUUGAUUUUGUCAGAUAUCUUGCAAAGUUUAUUUGAUUAUUUGUUAGCAUUCAGAAUAAGUAAGAGGAAAGUAAUGUGGGAAACACUGAAGUUAUGUUAUGUUUUUCUUUUUAAGAAACUGUACUAUUUAUUAUUCUGAAAAUCUUUUCUUUCCUUAAAAGUUGUUAAUAAAAUAGCAAGUGUUAUUCCAUCAUUAAAACUGAGGUUGACACUGGCA